GUGCUGCCGGAUGUUUCUGCUUUUACCAGCAAUUUCAUCACCAAUUAUUUGACAACGGGAUCAUCGAAAUUGUUUGUGGCUGAGAAGUUGCUUGUUGUUUCCAUCGGGUUAGAAAACCCUACAAGUGCUGGUGCUGUUGCUGUAUUAGAAACCUCCCCGUUUUGAUGAAAUCAGAUUUUGCCUAUCGCCCACUGUCUGUUUUGAAGAACAUGUUUUUGACGAGCACUGUCACGAUACGUGCGAGCAGGUAUGCCCUGCAUUUGCUUGAAAGAAUCAUGUACUCUCUCAACGUGCUAUUGUUUAAGAAGAAAAUCAAUAUCAAUCAACAGUUGACGACGCUCCCAGGCAUCUUCUUGAUGAUUAAUGGUGAUCAUCUUAUCAAUGAUCAACCGUUGCAAUGCACUUAUGGUCAAACACUUUUUUUUCUUUUUAUAGAAAAUAAAGUUGUGAAUGAUACUCUCUGAUUGAUUUGGUGUUUUGCAACUGGAUCGUGCUGUCGCGUGGAAUUGUCAGACCUUACGGCAUUAAAACCUUGUUUUUCUAUCAAUCAAUUUUCUUUAAUUUAGGGUGCUUGCCACCUCGGCCAGCAUGUGAAGCUGGGAUCGAGUUAGUGGCCUGCGACAACUUCCCAAAAAUCAUGUGACCAAGUCACUGUUUCUUGAUCCAUCUCCCUGUAAAUAUGUUACCUACUCGUAACAUUACGCUCGAGUCCUCUUGUGAAGAAAAUGAUGGGGAGGCUUCUCGGCUUCUUGUUGUGUUUCUCGAGUUUCUUCAUCAGUGCAACGCUUGCAGACUGGAAUAUCCUGAAUCAAAGAACAAAGAGUGGGCUAAAGAUUAGCCUGAAAAGUUAUUGUGAAAGCUGGAGAAUAAAUGUUGAGCUGCAUAACAUCCAAGACUUCACAGUUGUGCCGGAAGAAUGCGUGUCCUACAUUGGCAAAUAUGUUGCAUCAAGCCAGUACCAUGUAGACUCCGAGAGGACAAUUGAAGAAUGCAGAUUAUAUCUCAGCACCAGCUGCCCUUUGAAGAAAGAUGGCAGAGACGCUUGGCUGUUUGAUAUUGAUGAUACCCUGUUAUCUACUGUGCCUUACUUCAAGAAACAUCAUUUUGGGGGAGAAAAACUGAACUUGACAUCGUUAGAGGGAUGGAUGAGUAACGGUAAAGCACCAGCCUUGGAGCACUCACUCAAGUUCUUUGACGAAUUGAAAUCCACGGGAGUUCAGAUUUUUCUGGUUUCUUCAAGAAGAGAACAUCUUAGAUCAGCCACAAUCGACAACCUUGUUGAUGUUGGUUAUCAUGGAUGGACUCGUCUUAUAUUAAGGGGCCCAGAUGAUGAAUUGAAUGAGGUGCAACAAUACAAGGCCAACGUGAGAAAACAAUUGAUCAGCAAUGGGUUCCGCAUCUGGGGAAUAGUUGGAGACCAGUACAGCAGCUUUGAGGGACUCCCAAGUGCGCGAAGGUCAUUCAAACUUCCAAAUCCGUUGUACUACGUUUCUUGAUGCAUCACCUAGGCCACUACCUUAUUUUCUUUCAAUGUCCAUUGUGUUUUUGUGGCUCGAAGAAAUCUGUAUUGAAGCUUGCUUGUUUAUUGGUAAACCCUGUUCUUCGGUAUUCAAAUGAUUCUCAGUAAUAAGGUUGUCUCAAGACCAAGCUAAUUUUGAAACUAUCA